AUGGCGUUGGGUACGUAUAUAGUAGCCCUGGGGCUUCUGGCUCUUGUUGGGCAGAGUACUGCUCGUGAACAAUGUAAAUGCGUACCGAAUGAAGACUGCUGGCCUACGUUAACCGAUUGGGCCGAGUUGAACGAUGCCGUUUCGGGAAAGCUGAUCCAAAACACACCCGUUGCCGAACCCUGUUACUACGGAGAGGAUGACGACCAGAAGCUGUGUGAAACUAUCGUCGACCAAUGGUCGAAUUCCACCUUCCAAUCUCUUCAGCCGACCGGAUAUUGUUAUCCUCUUGACUACGCCUGUCCAGUCCUUUCAGCACCGACAGGAACACCACACGGUGGAUGUGACCUUGGUCCAGCGCCAGUGUAUACCAUCAAUGCCACAGAACCAGAAGAUGUAGCGGAAGGAAUCCAAUUUGCAAAGACGCAUAACCUAAGGCUCGUAAUAAAGAAUACCGGUCACGACCUCCUUGCAAGAUCCCAAGGAUACGGCAGCUUACAGAUAUGGCUAAAGUACAUUCAAGAGGGUAUUGACUAUCAUGAAGAAUACCAGUCCCCCAGCCAAUGCGGAAACACCAACUGGACAGGAAGCGCCUUCACUGUCCGAGGAGGCUACCUCUGGGGUGACCUCUAUGCUGCUGCUUUCGAGCGAGAUUUGAUAGUCGUCGGUGGUCAGGAUCCAACGGUCGGCGUCCUCGGCGGUUACCUACAGGGUGGAGGGCACUCCCCCGCCAGUCGUGACUUCGGUCUUGCUGUCGACCAAGUCCUGGAGCUAAAGGUUAUCCUGGCAUCUGGUGAGCUGGUAACAGCGAAUGCCUGUGAGAACAGAGAUUUAUUCUUCGCUCUGCGUGGGGGUGGUGGCGGAACAUACGGAGCAGUAGUUUCAGCUACUCUGAAGGCGCAUCCAUCCCGUCCUGCCAUUACGCAUACUCUCCUUGUGUAUCCAUUACCCAACCGCAAAGAUCCAUUAGCUGCAACUAUGGCACUCAUUGACGCGGUCGCGGAAAUCCUUUCCGCGUAUCCCGCCUUAUCUGACGGCGGCUUUUCAGGGUAUGGAGGAUGGGGCGUUGAUAAAGUGGAUUCUCCUAUCGCCGGAGCACCAGUACCAGUCAUGGAAAAUGGAGGGUACGCUCAUGCCUUCGCGAAGCUGGACGACAGCGAGGACGGAUUGGAAGAAGCACAAAGAUUCGUAUCUGCCACUCUUAUGCAACGGUUACGGAAAUAUAAUGGCUCUGGACUCAUGAUCUCCGAGAGCUGGGAGCGUUAUUCGUCAUUCGGGGACUAUUACACCGCAGCGACGAGAGCUCAGCAACAUGUCGGAUUUAGUAAGAUGACGCUCACAUCACGCCUUCUUGAUAAGGCCUCUCUCACGGGUGACCCAGCACAGCUCAAAGAGAUGCUACGCAUCACCUCAACAAAUGCCCCUGAUGUUCCGGAAAAGGCAACCAUAUGGACUAUGCUUUUCCUCGUCGGCGGAGGAAAGGUCCUUGAUAGCCCAACCGACCCUUCCACUCAUCGCUAUGUUGGAGUCCACCCCGCGUGGCGGAAAGCGUAUCUUCUUGCUGUCCCAACGUCCAUAUUGCCCGAAGAUGCAGACGACAGGUCCCUCCAGAAGAUGCAGCACGACACCACAUUUAGAAAGGCCGAUGCAAUGAGAGCGUUAGCCCCGGAUAUGGGCAGUUACCUCAAUGAUGGAGACAGGCAUAACCCCUGGUGGCAGACUGACUUUUUCGGUGACAAUUAUCCACGGCUUAGGGCCAUCAAGGACGAAUACGACCCGGAUCAUGUGUUCUACUGCCCUACGUGCGUUGGGAGUGAAGAGUGGAAGGAGGUUCCGGUGGAGGAUAAGGUGGAGGGUGAAGAUGCAUGCUGA